AUGGGGACUUUACAUGGAGAAGGAGGUGUUUCCCUCUCCCAAAUGCACUACCAAAGAGCCAGUGCAGCUAAGACACAGGCAGAAGGACCCCUGCUCCUAUCGCCGCUUAUAAAAGCAGGAAAAAUCGACGAAGCGCUCAAGAGGAGCAGAGUGUGGUUAUUCGAAGAAGCGUGCGGCGUCGGAGGAGCCUACUCUGGCUACAUUACCAUCAACGAAACAUGUGGCACCUCCCUGUUCUUCCUGCACGUUAAGGCUCAAGAGAACUCGGCCAACCUUCCACUUGUCCUAUGGCUGGAAGGGGGCCCAGGACAAUCGUCCCUCCUCGGAGAGCUGUUCAGCAGCGGUCCUGUUGGGAUUUCACGAAAUGGCUCUCUUUAUAAAAGGGAGCAUAACAUAGCGAGUUUUUCCAACGUUAUCUACUUGGACGAACCCGUUGGGGCAGGCUUCAGCUUUACGCAAAACGAGAACGGGUACGCCAAGAGCUUCGAGGACAUCGCCGACAAUAUUCACGACUUCCUUCGUCAGUUCCUGCUACUGUUUCCUGAGUAUCGGGGACGCCAGUUCUACCCCGCUGGUGAUUCUUAUGGAGCGAGACCUGCCGUGGCUACGGGCAUCAAGUUCCACAAGGACAGGAACCUACCAGGCGCCGUCCAGCUCAACUUCUGCGGCGUCAUAUGUGGAGUUCCUUUCAUAGCACCGCUUGAGAAUCUACUCGACUCCACGGAGUUCCUCUACCAUAUCGGGCUCUUGGAUCAAAAGGGACGGGAGCUCUUUGGAGACGUAUUCACAAGGCUGAGGGCGGCUUUUGACAACCGAGACCCCAUUGCGGUGGCUGACAUAAUUCAGAAAGACCUUUGGGUGUCGCCGAACCUUUCUAGUCAGACUCUCUUUACACGACUUACUGGAUAUCAAUACGACGGAAACGCGUUACAACCAGUUAUGCCGCCGGAAAAAACUCACUACGAUACACUAAUGAAGAACCGCGAGUUUAAAGAAGCGAUCCACGUUGGAGCUAACGCAGAAUUCAGAAAGCACGACACGACGAUCCUCGCGAACUUGGCGUUCGAUUUCUUUCGAGACAUCUCGCCGGAAAUUAUAAAGCUUCUUGACAACUACAAAGUCCUGGUUUAUGUCGGCGGUCUUGAUAUUGUCAUUCCAGCUGCAAACGCGGAGACGUUUUUAUGGCUUAGCCUGCACCUGUUGACCUUCGACGAGAACCUCCCACGUGCACGAGUCUUUUAG